CGGCGGGAGGCGGACCCUCCCGGUACGGCUGCGGAAGCGGAAGUCGACGCUGUACAGGCCCGCCCCUUCCGGGACCCUCGCUGGGCGGGGUGCGGGUGAGAGGAGGCAGUGGUCCACCUCGCGGGGCUGUUGUGAGGCCAAAGUAACAGCGGCCCGCUCGCUGGGAGAGGCAUAAGCAAACCAAGCCCCUACCUAGUCAGGAGGGCUGCAUCCUGCGGGCAGAAGGGGUCCUUUCCGAGAUGGAUGCCCCUUUCCCGCAGGGGCCGAGUGACGCUUGGGGGCGGCCCGUCCGAGGAGGAAGGAAGCCGGCGGCGUGCACGUCCAGCGCUGCCUUCUCUUGUUGGGGAAAACCUUUAUCUGUGCUUGUUUACCAUCACGGUGAGGCUACUAAACUGCUUCUUAGUCCAGACAAGCUUUGUCCCAGAUGAAUAUUGGCAGUCACUUGAAGUUGCACAUCAUAUGGUUUUCAAUUAUGGCUAUUUGACCUGGGAGUGGACAGAAGGUCUGCGGAGCCAUCUCUACCCUCUGCUGUUUGCAAGCAUUUAUAAAGUGUUGCACCUGCUUAACAAGGAUGAUGUUCAGCUGCUGAUCUGGCUCCCUAGAAUUGCACAGGCCCUUCUGGCUGCGUUGGCAGACGUGGUGUUGUACUCCUUGGUGAAGCGACUGGAUGGCACAGAGGUGGCCAAGUGGGUGUACUUUUGCCAGUUGUGUUCCUGGUUCACAUGGUACUGUUGUACCAGAACUCUCACCAACACCAUGGAAGCCGUUCUCACCACUUUCGCUCUUUACUACUAUCCCCUGGAAGGCACCAAGACAAAGGGGAGCAGCAUCCCUUACUUGACCCUGGUUGCUCUUUCGUUUGUGAUUCGCCCAACCGCUCUCAUUCUGUGGGUGCCUUUGCUGCUCCGGCACUUCUGGAAGGAGCCCCAGAAGCGGCACCUCAUCCUGCACAGCUGCCUCCCAGUGGGAUUGAUCGUUCUGGGAUCCUCUUUAAUUACUGACCGAGUAUUUUUUGGCAAGUGGGUCCUGGUUCAACUGAACUUUUUGAAGUUUAAUGUGCUGCAGAAUGUAGCCACCUUCUACGGAUCCCACCCGUGGCACUGGUACUUCACCCAGGGCUUCCUUGUGGUCCUUGGCCCUCACCUCCCCUUCUUUCUCCAUGGCUGCUUCCAAGCAUCAAAGAGGCAUGGCAUAUUCCUGGUGGUGGUGCUGUGGACGCUGGCUGUUUACAGCACCUUGAGCCACAAAGAAUUCCGCUUUAUCUACCCAGUGCUGCCAAUCUGCAUGGUGUUCUGUGGGCAUUCUCUUAAGCAGCUGAAAAGGUGGCAGCAGGCAGCAGCCGUCUCCUUCCUGCUGGUGACAAACUUGCUGCCUGCCCUCUACACUGGCUUGGUCCAUCAGCGUGGGACCCUGGAUGUCAUGGGCCACCUGCAAGGCCUCUGCAGCACUCCUGCUGACUCUCCUGAGCAGCUGGCAUCCGUCUUAAUGCUCAUGCCCUGCCAUUCAACUCCUUUUUAUAGCCAUGUUCAUUGUCCACUACAUUUGAGGUUUCUUCAGUGCCCCCCUGAUUUGACUGGAAGGGCAAAUUACCUUGAUGAAGCCGACUUAUUUUAUGCAGACCCUCUCAGCUGGCUCACUGAAACGUUUUCCAAUGUUACGCUGCUACCCACGCACUUGGUGUUCUUCAGCGUGCUUGAGCAGGAUAUAUCAUCAUUUCUCGUUACAAAUAGGUAUGAAAAAGUUGCCAUGUUUUUUCACACUCAUCUGCCUCAAGAACGAAUCGGGAGCUCCAUUUAUGUCUACAAAAGAAAUCAAAAGCGUCUUUGAAGAUGGUCUCAGAUCACCACGUGGGUCUAUGUUUCACAUGAGAUAUAGUUAAUAGAACAGUCCUCUUCGCUUAGCAGUAAAUCUUGCUGAGUUAAUGGAACUUUGAUUGCAGCCUGGACCAUUUUUCUUUGCGGGUGUAGAGAAGACACACUUCAGCAUGGACAGCAUGCGCAAGAUAACACAAGCGUGGCCUUAACAAAGGCUUUGAGUCCUUUUCUGAGGAUGUUUAGCUAUGCAAACUUAUAAAAAUAAAAGUAAGUUUUUCCAACCACAUCUUUAUUUUUCUUCUACAAUUUGCAGAUGCACAAGAAAUUUCAAAUGCAAGUCAGCAAGCUGAUCAGAAAAUAGCACACACACAUGAAGUCAACAGGUUCCAACCCCAUCACAAGAACAAAUAGACAGUUGUAAAACAGACAUGCUUCUGAACAGUAUGAGAUGAAAUUAGUACAUCAUAAUAUUACUCUAACAUUAAGUCUGAAUCAAGUAUGAAUUCUAGUACCAACCAGUGCAAAGAAGCUUAUUUUGCAAGCACACACAAGCUACUGCUUACCCUGCUUAAUUUAUUGCAAUAGUAGGACUGCACCCAAAUUAAUGUUUCCCAAGAAGGCUGAAAGGAAAGGAGAAAGAUGGAGAAGCUGGGCUGAUCUUUGCAGGGGGGAGGGAGUGUCAUUAGGGAAGGGGAAACGUGCCCUCGAUUGCUCUGCCGAAAGCCUCAGCCAGCUGCAGAAACAGCCACUCCACUAUUUUUACCAUCCUGCUGGCUUCCAUCGGACAACAGCUGUUUAAUACUUUGGAUCAAAGGGCAUCUGGCCCAAUUCUAUCUCCAAAUUUGCCAUGUGUCUUCCGUUGCUGCGCCCUUGCUUGUGCCACCGGCCUUCUCUUUUGUAGCGAUGCUGGUGCUUUGCAGCAUGUCUGUCCUGCUGUGGACUAUGAGGGUGCGUGAAAGGAGCCCGCCUAGCAGGGUGGCUGAAAGUAAAGUACAAAAGGGAAGUUAGUGCUGCAUGAGCACCUCAGUAUUAAAUCCUCUGAGAGGCUACAACUAACUUUGUUAUUUAAAAUAAGCAAAGUGGAUACGGCAAGUGGGUGGAAUUGAAUUCCUUCCCUUCUCUUUGACGCACACUGCCACUUUGCUACAUUGGAAAUUCUGUACUGUGGUGCUUAAUGUACAAUGGAACUGGUGCCCUUAUCUGAGGAUGGCAUAAUCACCCCUCUUUAUGGAGGCUUUCACAACUCAAACAUGCCCAGUUUAAAUUAUUAACAGAAUUUUAGUACCAACCUUGGCCUGUGCUGAGGCAAGUGAUCAUAAUGAAAGUAGUAUCGGUAGAUAUAUUUAUCCAGGUCUUCAAAUACACCAUCACUGUUCCUCUGGUAUUCUUUUAUGUCUUCAAGGUAAUCCUUAACAUCAUUAACAAAGUCCGUGAACAGCAUCUGAUCAUGUAUAAAGACGCCAUUACGGAAAAACCUAUUCACAAAGAUCUCCAGUUCUCGCCAGUGGUGGAAGUUCUUUACUUCUUGCUGCAAAUAUUUGUGCAUUAAUUGAUUAAAUUCAUCUGCCCGAAUUGGGUCCAAGUCUUUGUCAAAGAGGUUCACAAACUCCUGGUGGGCACAGUCAAAGAUGCCUGAACAUCCCUUGAGAACAAGAGGGCGAUGCUUUCUGUUACCUUUGGGGCAUUCCUGGAAGGGAGGAUCCUUGGGGAAGUGCGGAGGGGAACGGCUCUCUUUGGAUCGCCUUCCAUCUCUAAACUCUCUCUGGCUGCCAGGUGAGCGGUGGGCCUCAGGCUUGUGUAACCCUUCCUGGGAGCUGCCUGUUUUCCCUUUUUUGUUCGCCUCAUGCCUGCUGUCACUGUACUUUUUCUUCUCCCUUUCAUCAAAUAUAUUCUUUGUUGUGUCCUUAAAGUGCCUGAAGGUGGACUUCACAGAAUCUGAGAAUUUCCUCAAGUUCUCUUUCACGGCUUCUUUGGCCUGUUUAAUUUUCUCUUUGUGGUGUCGGACAAAUUCCUUGGUUGAAUUUUUCAUGGCAUCAAAAGUUUCUUUCACAGAACCAAAAAAUGUUCCUUUUGGCUUCCUUUUGGCUUUGUUGGUUCCUUUCCCAUCUGGCUUCUGCGGCCUCUCAGUCUGCUCUUUCUUCUCGACGUGGUCCUUGACUUCAACAUACAGCUUUUCCCACAAAUCAGAACGCUGCUGCUCAAAGCUCAGCUUCUCCUCCAGCGCUGUCAGCCUUCCCCGCAAAGCUUCUAUUUCUUGGCUCUCAUCGCCAGCACCCGCCCCCUCAGGAGACGCCUGCUGAGAACUUAACUUGUCCAGUUCUUCCCUGAGAGCCACUGUCAGCUGGCGCUCUUUGUCCAGUUCCCUUCGCAGCAUCUGGGCCUCUGCCAACAGAGUCUCCUUUUGCUUCACAAAACUCUGCACGCGAUGCCUUUCCUCCUCCAGGUGGGCUUUCAGCUUCUGAUUCUCGGUGGCAACCAACUCUGGGCCAGAACCUUUGUUCUCCAGGUGCCGAAUCUGCUCUCUCAGCUUUCUCAGUUCUUCUUGCAGCAAUGCCAAAGCUUUUUCCUCCCUCUCUAGAGAUUCUCUCAGGUGCUGGUUUUCUGAAGCAAGAUGAUGCUUCUGAGAUUCAAAGGAUUUCUUUUCCACUUCUGUUGUAUGCAAGCACAUUUCAAGGCCUUCCUUUAGAGACUGAUCAGAGACAAAAUGAAAGCAAACACAUCAGCUGCUGUGUGCCAGUGUCCAAAUGCUGCAAGAACACUGGGAGGGUGGAGGAGGACAGCUAAGGAGGACCCAACCUACCAAUGGAUAAGUAGGGCUAGUAAGGAGCUUCUGUGGCACUUGCUCUAGGGGCAAGGGGAACAGGCCGUGCAGAGUUGUACAUUCCCCCACAAAGCCUGCAAAGUCUUCUCCACUUUUGAUAGAAAACCUCACAAACGCUGCCUGGGAGUGCUGUGUUUAGGGGCCAGCUGUCCACAGCAAGAUGCAUGGCUGCAGCCCCAGAAGAAGGGGAACCAUGGAGCCUGGAUGGGCCAAGCACAGAGGAAGCUGAGGCUGGAUAUGCUUCUGGGGAGAAAGCGCUCAAGGCAAGGACAAUGGCAAUUGGGACUACCCAGCCCUUGCUACAGAAUAAUCAUCUGACCCACUCUAAAAGCUUCAAGAUGCAGAUACAAUGGCAUCUUCUCCUACCCUCUGUGGUUGCCAUUGAGCCAGUUCAAAAUUGCCUGCUAUGCCAAGACUGGAUUUUGCCAUGCCUUCAUCUAGAAGACAGCUUCCAACACUUGCGGUAGCAAUGACAGCAAAGUUUCCCAGUGGAGGUAGAGUUUGCAAGCCAAAGGCAAAAUAUCAUUUCUCGCUUUCAAGUAUGGCGGGAAAGCCACCUUUACCUUACAUUCUGCUUUCAUGCCUUGUUCUUGUUGGCACUGAAUAAGAUUAUCCUUUAUACCAUUCAGUUCAUCUUCAUGAGUUUUCUCAACCAAUUGCUGGCGUUCUUGGAUCUGAACAGUACCUUGAAACAGAAAAUUUUCUCUUUUAUC